AUGACUUCUUAUGAUCGGCAUGCAUCCCACGACUCUCCUUAUCGAACAGGUAAACAUGUUCCUCUCAGCCAGAGUCGCCAUGAGCCUCUUACAUCGAUUGCAACAAGCGCCAUUGAGUCGCGACCUGACCUGACGGAGACCUACGAGGAUGACCAGCCCAAAGGCGCAACGACAUCUAACGGUUGGACCGGCUCCCCUACUGGAAUUGGCUCCCCUACUCGUCCUUACUCGCCCGGCAUGCGAUCGCUCUCCUCCCAGAAGCGACGCUCGACCGACCCCGGAGUGGAUGGGGCGGCAGAGAUCCAAAUGCAAAGUUUCCAUGAUGGCGCGCCGCCACCCCCCCCAGUCACUCAUUCAUGGAGAAAGAUCGAGCGAUGGCUAGAGAAUAACUACGAGGAGCUUUACGACAAUCUUUGCGAAGGUUGUACUCAGAAUGAUAUCAAUGAGUUGGAGCAUGACUUGGACUGUAGCCUACCGUUGGAGGUUCGGGAAUCUUUGAUGGCUCAUGACGGACAGGAGCGUCCGGGCUUGCCCACCGGUGUGGUUUUUGGAUGUAUGCUUCUGGACUGCGAAGAGAUAGUCCAGGAAUGGAAGAACUGGCGAACUGUCAAUGAUGAAUUCCUCAGCUCAUCCGGCAUUAUCAAUAUUUCUCCCAAAGCUGCAGCAGGCUCUUCUUCGGCUGCCCCUCCAGCUCCUACUACAGGGUCAAAUCCGUUGUGGAGACAGGAUCUUCUCGAGCGACAAGACUCCCAGCCCUCCGGUGCCGUUCAGAAAGCGUAUGCCCAUCCUGCUUGGAUUCCUAUGGCUCGUGACUGGGGUGGAAAUUGUAUUGCAAUCGAUCUUGCACCGGGACCUGCAGGGAAGUGGGGCCAAGUCAUUAUAUUCGGUCGGGAUUAUGACUGCAAAUACGUUAUCGCCCGGUCUUGGGCCUCUUUCCUAGCAGUUGUGGCCGAUGACCUCUGCAGCGGCAAGGUUUCUGUGGAUGAAGAGACGAAUGAACUCAAACUAUUGGAAUUCAAGGCCCAGAAUGUUGAGCCUCCCUACAUGGAAAUUCUACGCUGGCGUACAGAUCAGAAGUUUGGUCGGAGGCCACCACGUCGCAAGGGCCCUAACGGUCUUGGAUUGAAUACCGGUAGUAAGUCUGGAAAGGAGUCCCCUUAUGGGAGCCCAACCCCUAGUGAAGAACGUGGGAGAUCGCCUCACCGCUUUCCCAAUCGCGGAUCUACUCAAAGUCCCAAGACGCAGUUUGGUAUAUCCAGCCCUCUUGCUCGCGUCACGGAAGAGGCUCCAAGUCCUGUACACACAAAUGCGGAUAGCGACCUGUCAGAGGACGUCAUAAAAAGUGAUGAUACAAAGAAAGCACAAAGCGAAGAUCUGAUGGAAGUGUCGACACAUGUGGGUAAAGAGGCCGAAGGUGUUGUUGGCAAAGGUGUUGAGCAAAAACAGCCGGAGACUGAGAAGAUGCAAAAGCAGGAGCCGACCCAUGGAUCUCCUGGCACUGCCUUGGACGCGGAGAUCUUGGGCGAAAUGAGAAACGUGGCUAUCUAA